AUGUCAAAUAUAGUAGCCAAUCCAGCUAUAUCGGAUGCUGAAUUAUUGGUUCCAAAAUCAUUUAUUCUAAGACCUUAUGUUUGGCCGUUUACUAUAAUAUAUCCAAUUUUUUUACAAUUAUAUUUUCAACAUUAUGAUAAAUAUUUUGUUGGUAAAGAAUGGACUUUUGUUUAUACAAUUACAAUUGUAUCUUUAAAUUUAUUAUUUUGGUUAACGCCUCAUUGGAAUAUUGAUAUUAAUGCUAAAUUCAAUUAUUCAAAAGUUGGUAGUAUUAUUGGAGCUAGUUAUAUUAAAAUCACCCCUGCGGCAAAUUCUGGUAUGGGUGAAAUUUGUGAAAUUAAUCGUGAAACUUUUCAUGAUGGUGAAAAACAAGUUAGUUUCUUGUACCAAGAAAGAAGACAUUUAUAUCAUGAAGAGAUUCAAAAAUUUUCACCACCAGAAUUUGUAUUUGAUCAAUUACCAAAAUUAUCAGUUUAUCAACAAGAUAAAGGUUUAUUGGGAGAUUUGGAGAAAAUGCAAAGAAAUUAUGGUUCAAAUAAAUUUGAUAUACCAGUUCCAACAUUUUUAGAAUUAUUUAAAGAACAUGCUGUUGCACCAUUUUUUGUUUUUCAAAUUUUCUGUGUUGCAUUAUGGUGUAUGGAUGAACAAUGGUAUUAUUCAUUAUUUUCAUUAUUUAUGUUGGUUUCAUUUGAAAUGACAACUGUUUUCCAAAGAAGAACUACAAUGUCUGAAUUUCAAAGUAUGGGUAUAAAACCUUAUGAUGUUUAUGUUCAUAGAUUUGGUAAAUGGAAUAAAAUUUCAACUACAGAAUUAUUACCAGGAGAUUUAGUUUCAAUUACAAGAACUAAUGAUGAUAGUGCAUUACCUUGUGAUUUAUUAUUAACUGAUGGUUCAGCAAUUGUUAAUGAAGCAAUGCUAUCAGGUGAAUCAACUCCAUUACUAAAAGAAUCUAUUAAAUUAAGACCAGGAGAAGAUAGAUUAGAUCCUGAAGGUUUUGAUAAAAAUUCAAUUUUACAUGGUGGAACAAUGGCAUUACAAGUCACUAAACCAGAAAAUCCAAUUAUUCCAAUUGCUCCAGAUAAUGGAGCAUUUGCAAUUGUUACAAAGACUGGAUUUGAAACAUCUCAAGGUUCAUUAGUUCGUAUGAUGAUUUUUUCAAGUGAAAAGGUUUCUGUUGGUAAUAAAGAUGCAUUUAUGUUUAUUUUAUUUUUAUUGAUCUUUGCAAUUGCUGCUUCAUGGUAUGUUUGGGUUGAAGGUACAAGAAUGGGUAGAGUUCAAUCUAAAUUAAUUUUGGAUUGUAUUAUUGUUAUUACAUCAGUUGUUCCACCAGAAUUACCAAUGGAAUUAACUAUGGCUGUUAAUUCAUCUUUAUCAAAAUUGCAAAAAUUUUAUGUUUAUUGUACUGAACCAUUUAGAAUUCCAUUAGCUGGUAGAAUUGAUGUUUGUUGUUUUGAUAAAACUGGUACUUUAACUGCUGAAGAUUUAGUUUUUGAAGGUUUAGCUGGAUUCAAUAAUGAUGAUAUCCAUCAUUUACAUAAAUGUGAAGAAGCUCCACAAACAACUUCUUUAGUUUUAGGUUCUGCUCAUGCUUUAGUUAAAUUAGAUGACGGUGAGGUUGUUGGUGAUCCAAUGGAACAAGCAACUCUAAAAGCUGCUCAUUGGGACGUUGGUGCUAAUGAUUCUGUUUCAAGAACUAUAAAUGGUAAAACUGAAAAGAUCAAAAUUUUACGCAGAUUUCAAUUUUCAUCAGCUUUAAAAAGAUCAUCGACUAUUUCAUCAAUUAAUACAUUGAAUAAACAUUUUGUCGCUGCAAAAGGUGCUCCAGAAACUAUUCGUAAAAUGGUUGUUGAUGCUCCAGAAAAUUAUGAAGAAAUUUUUAAAUCAUUUACAAGAUCAGGUUCUCGUGUUUUAGCACUUGCUUAUAAAUACUUAGAUAAUGUUAAUGUUAAUAAAGUUAAACGUGAAGAUGUCGAAUCAAACUUACAUUUUGCAGGUUUUAUUGUUUUCCAUUGUCCAUUAAAAGAUGAUGCUAUUGAAACUAUUAAAAUGUUAAAUGAAUCUUCACAUCGUUCUGUUAUGAUUACUGGUGAUAAUCCAUUAACUGCAUGUCAUGUUGCUAAAGAAGUUGCAAUUACAACCAAAGAUGUAUUAAUUUUAGACACUCCAGAAGAACAUCAUGAAAUUGGUGAAAAGGAUAAUUUAGUUUGGAGAAACGUUAAUGAAACUGUUGUUAUUCCAUAUCAUUCAGAAGAUAAAAUUGAUUUAGAAUUGUUUAAAAAAUAUGAUAUUUGUUUAACUGGUCAUGCAUUAAAUUAUUUAAGUAAUCAUGAUCAAAUUUUAGAUUUAUUAAAACAUACAUGGGUUUAUGCUAGAGUUUCGCCAACACAAAAGGAAUUUAUUAUUACUUCAUUAAAAGAUGCUGGUUAUAAUACAUUAAUGUGUGGUGAUGGUACAAAUGAUGUUGGUGCUUUAAAACAAGCAAAUAUUGGUGUUGCAUUAUUAAAUGGUACUGAAGAAGGUAUGAAAAAGAUUGCUGAAAAUAGAAAAAUUGAGGCUACAGUGAAAGUUUAUGAAAAACAAGUUCAAAUUCUUGCAAAUUGGAAUAAACCACCACCACCAGUUCCACCUAUUAUUGCACAUUUAUAUCCUCCAGGUCCCCAAAAUCCAAAAUAUUUAGAAGCUAUGGAAAAGAAAGGUGUUACAAUUACAGAUGAUAUGAGAAAAGCUGUUGAUGCUGCUAUGAAACAAGAAAUUAAACCAGUUAAAGGUGCUACUCAACAAAAUCAAAAUUUUGCUGAUACUAUUCUUGGUGCAUUAAAUGAUGCUGAAGGUGAAGAUGAAGCACCAGUUUUAAAAUUAGGUGAUGCAUCAGUUGCAGCUCCAUUUACAUCUAAAUUAGCCAAUGUUAAUACUGUUACUCAUAUUAUUCGUCAAGGUCGUUGUGCAUUAGUUUCUACAAUUCAAAUGUAUAAAAUUUUAGCAUUGAAUUGUUUAAUUUCAUCAUAUUCACUUUCAGUUUUAUAUUUAGCUGGUAUGAAAUUUGGCGAUGGACAAGCUACAAUUUCAGGUAUUUUAUUAUCAGUAUGUUUCUUGUCGAUUUCAAGAGGUAGACCAUUGGAGAAAUUAUCGAAAGAAAGACCACAAGAUGGAAUAUUUAAUAUUUAUAUUAUGGGUUCAAUUUUAGGUCAAUUUGCAAUUCAUAUAAUUACAUUAAUUUAUAUUACAAGAGAAGUUUAUAUUUUAGAACCAAAAGAACCUCAAGUUAAUUUAGAAAAAGAAUUUGCUCCUUCGUUAUUGAAUACCGGUAUGUUUUUAUUAAAUUUAGCUCAACAAGUUUCAACAUUUACUGUUAAUUAUAUUGGUUUACCUUUUAGAGAAUCCAUUAAAGAUAAUAAAGGUAUGUAUUAUGGGUUAUUAGGUGUUGCAGCUUUAACAUUUGCUGGUUCAACUGAAUUUAUACCUGAAAUUAAUGAAGCAAUGCAAUUUGUUCCAAUGACUUCAGAUUUUAAAAUAAAAUUAACUGGAUCUAUAAUUGUAGAUUUAGUUGUUACAUGGUUGAUUGAAAAUGUUUUAAAACAUUUUUUCAUGAAUUCACAACCUGCUGAUAUUGCAUUAAGAGAUUAA